AUGCCCAAAUGGACACAGCUUCUCCAGGUUGUGACGGAAAUAAGGGGUGUGGCCUGGUUCUCAGAGACCCGGGCCACCCGGGCUAGGAGGCCUGAGGUGGCCCAGACCCCAGCUGGCCCCUGUGGCAGCGCGGUAGUGAGCGGUAGUGUCCGGCUGUUCCUGGUCUGGAUCCUCUGUUCCUCCGGUCCCUCCGCACUGCGUCUUCUGGCGCUCGGCUGGGCAAGGAAGGGGUCCGAGCGCCCCGCAGCACUGCGCGCCUGGCGCAUCCAUCCCAGGCAGAGGCGUGGUGGCCUGCGGGCUGGAGGUGCGCCCGGGCUGGUCCUGGGCGAGGGGCGCGAUGCCCUCCGGGACGCCCGGGCCCCCUGGGUGGCUCCCGCACUCCCCACCGUGCUCACCGUCACCACCGCGGUGGACGUCCUGGGCAACCUCCUCGUCAUCCUCUCGGUGCUCAGGAACCGCAGGUGAGUAACCGUGCGUCCGCUGCGCUGGUCAGGUAAUUUGCUUGUGGUGAGUCUGGCCUUGGCUGACUUGGCCUUGUACCCUUACCCGCUGAUCCUCGCUGCCGUUAUCUACGAUGGCUGGGUGCUGGGCGAGGUGCGCUGCAAGGCCAGCGCCUUUGUGAUGGGCCUGAGUGUCAUCGGCUCAGUCUUGAGCAUCACAGCCAUCGCCAUCAACCGCUACUGCUGCAUCUGCCACAACCCCGCACCCUACCACCGUGUCUGCACGCCCUGGCACGCCCCCGUCUACAUCGGCCUCAUCUGGGGCCUCACUCUGGCGGCCACAGUGCCCAACUUCGUGGGGUCCCUGGAGUACGACCCACGCAUCUACUCCUGCACCUUCACCCAGACGGCCAGCGCCCAGUACACGGCGGCAGCGGUGGCCUUCGGCUACUGCGCAUCUGGGCGCUGGUGCUGCGGGCCGCAGGAAGGCCGAGUCCAGGGCAAGCUGCGCCUGCGGCCCGACGUACAGAGCCGCCUCGCCACGAUCGCAGUGCUCCUGGUCUUCGCCGUCUGCUGGGCCCCGCUCAACCACAUCGGCCUGGCCAUGGUUCAGCCCGAGGAUGUGGCGCCCCGGGUCCCAGAGAGGCUCUUCGUCACCAGCUACUUCCUGGCCUACUUCAACAGCUGCCUCGACGCCAUCAUCUACGGGCUCCUGAACCAGAACUUUCGCCGGGAGUGCAAGAGGAUCCUCUCCACGCUCCGCAGCCCUGGACGCUGCUUCAAGGGUGCUUCCAGCAGCUCCUAUGUGGACAUGCCACAAAACCCGGGGCUACCUGCUGCCUGCCCUUGCCUGGUCCUGGAGGGUGCUCUCUAG